AUGCUUUCGUCCUUUUUGGAAAAUAGAAGAGCCAUCGCAUUACUUCAAAUCGACAACCCGAAACUGAAUCUCCCAAUAAUUGACUCGAGAGAAUGGGAUGUGAUCGAUUUACUAUGUGAAGUUCUAAAGCCACUAGCUGAAACUACGAAAGCUGUUCAAAGUCGUUUUGAAGCCACAGCUUCUGUUGUAAUUCCUUCGUUAAAACUUCUUGAAUUUAAACUGAAUCGAAUGAAACGAGAAGAAUCUAUUGAUGAAAGAAGAGAAUGUAUUGCAAAAUUGAACAGUACAUUGGCAUUGAGAACUCAACAUCUUCAUUCUGACAGCUUUUUGAGAACGUGCACGUUUCUGGACCCAAGGUUCAAAGAUUCUUUUUUUUCCUUUUCGCAUAAGGAUUACAUCAUCCAAAAGUCAAAAACGGCCACUAAUACAACAUCAGAAAACACGGAUGGAUGCAGUGAUGUUGUUGUCUGCACGGAAGAGUCUCCGCUUACUCUCUAUCAAUCCUUUUUGAAAGAAAAUUCGCCCGAGCCAACAGAUCCUAUUGAAAAAGAUAGUAUCGCAAAGGAAAUCGACGAAUACCUGCAACAUCCACCUUCCCAAGAAACAGACCCAUAUGCGUAUUGGAACAACGCGGAGAAUUUGCCACAUUUGAAAAAAAUGGCUCUUGAAUUUCUGUGCGUUCCUGCUACAUCAUCAGAGUUGGAAGUCAUUGCAGAAGUCUCCGUGAUGACAAAUCUGGCAGUGAGAUCCAUCCAAAAAGGAGAUCGCUUCGCAGGAAUGGGCACAUCCCUUGGCGAGAACUGGAAUAGAAAAAAGUUGUGA